AUGACGGAAGCAUCACCAGUUAGUGCGUCUUUGCUCCGGUUGAAGCUUUUGGAUGCUUUGAGAAGUGGAGAUACCUCCAAAAUCAACGCAAUUAUUGGUGAAGUAAAUUCUUGCAAAACAACAAUUCAAAAUCAGGAUUUGAAUCGUUUAAAACUGACCAUUUUACACUAUGCGGUACAAGUUGCCACUUUGCCAACAAUACAAUACUUGAUUGAUAAUGCUCUGAAGUAUAAGUUGGACAUUAAUGCACAAGAUCCUCAAGGAAAUACACCUUUGCAUUUGGCAGCAAUCGCGACGAGACAAGACGUUGUCAAGUAUCUUUUGUCCUUGCCGGAUAUCAAUGAUACCAUUGUUAAUUUGGAUAAAAAACAACCAGUUGAGCUUUGCAAAAACUUGAACCUUGCUCAAUUGAUGCAAUUUGAACGAGCAAAAUUUGUUGAAAAAUCAGCAACUCAAUUGAGACAAUUUUUCAGCGAGAGGGAUUUUGAUAACUUGGAAAAGUUGUUGGUGUUAAACCCAAGAGCUUCAGAGUUGUUGGAUAUAAAUGGUGCCGAUCCAGAGUCCGGCAAUACAGUUUUACACGAGUUUAUCAAAAAGGACGAUUUGCCAAUGUGUGAUUGGAUUUUGAAGCACGGUGGUGACCCUUUUAAAAGAGAUAAGCAUGGCAAGCUACCAAUAGAUUUAGUCAAUUCCAAGGAUGAGCCAUUAAAGAAGUUAAUCAAAGCUGCGACUCGCGAUCAAACAAUUAUGGACCCCGUUGCUGCAACAAACUCUGCCAUUAAAAGCGGCAAUGCACCAGUUUACAAGGGGUACUUGCGUAAAUGGACCAAUUUUGCCUCCGGCUACAAAUUGAGGUACUUUGUGUUGGAUCAGAACGGAAUAUUGUCGUAUUAUACAAACCAAGAGGACACAAUCAACUCUUGUCGUGGCUCAUUGAAUUUGGGAUACGCCACAUUACACCUCGACUCUUCAGAAAAAAUGAAGUUUGAAAUUUAUGGUAAGAAUGGUCUUAGAUGGCAUUUGAAGGCUAAUCAUCCAAUUGAAACCAAUAGGUGGGUAUGGACUUUGCAAAACGCAAUCACCAUUGCCAAAGAUAACAUCAAAAAGAGACAUCCAUCUAGAGCAAAUACCUCUGCAGGUGAUGGUACUUCAGCGGAGGAGUUUGAUGACUCAUCCAUUACUGACGACACAGAGUCAGUGGAAAAGAAAAGACACAGACUCAGGAUCCCGGGAAGAAACAAGCACAAACGCAAUACUAGUCAAAUGUCCAAGGAAUCAGUUGAUGACGUUGCCUUUGAUAGAUCACGUUCUGGUUUUGGCAAUUCACGUGCCAGCACCGAUUCUACCAUGGCUUCACCAACAGGGAAUCCACGCAACCACGUUUCUAGAGCCAGUUUGGAUGACAAUUACAGUACUCAAGAAAUGGACUAUGAAAAUUUUGAUUAUGAUGCUGAUGGAACCGAGCCAGACGAUGAUGAAAGCGAUGCCGAGAAUGAGGCUGAAGUCAAUCAUUUGAAUGACGAAAUUGCAGCAUCUAGAAGAGCUCUACAAGUUGAGUUAUCUUCUUUGUUGGAAUUGUUUAGUCAGAUUAUGAACAGUGACACUUUUCAGCCAAAUUCCAAACAAGCGGAGGUGUGCAUAGUGGGGAACAAUACUAUCAAAGCAAUCAAUGAAUUACUUGGAAAAUAUAACCUCAACAUUGACGCUAGAGACUCGAAGCUAAGAAGAAACUUGGAUAGACAGUUGGAAGUUAAUCAAUUGUGGGAAAAGUCAAUAAGACAAUUGGAGCAAGAAAUCCAAGCAAGAGAGGAAAAAUUAGCUGUGUUCCAGGGCCAAAGAAAGCAAUUGAGAAAGUAUUUGUCAGGCAGAGCCACUGCGGGUGGAGAAACUGCGGGCACAUUGUCACCUGUGGCAACAAGUAACGCCAGAGAUGGGGAUGCCGUGGGUGUUGCCAGCGGCGAGAUUUUGAGCAAGAGCCCAGACGAGACACAAGUUGAUCAAAUUGAUGCUAAACUAGAUGCAGUGCAGCACAACCCUCAAGCUCAAGCUGAACCUUUGCACCCGCCACCUCCUGAGUUGGAUAACGAAGUUAUUGAUGAGUUGUUGGGUGAUGAAUCUGAAGAUGAGUUUUUCGACGCUGAUGAAUUUGAAGAGGAGGAACAAGAAUUGGGUGGUGAAGAUGAGAGAGAGAUUGUUCAAAGUGAUGAGAUAUUGCGCGAGCAAGAUGCAAAGCAGCAGCAGGAGCAACCGGAGGCAGUAUCUACACAGGAACAUGGUGUACCUCCAGAGGAACAACAACAAACUCAAGUACCAAGAGAAGGCGAAGUGCCAGAACCUGAGGCAGUUGCACCACAACAAGAAACUCCAGCCAAGUCACCCCACGCAAGUCCUGAUAAAGCUGGUGCUGCUGGUGCUGUCGGUGCUGCUGGUGCUGUCGGUGCUGCUGGCGCUGCUGGCGCUGAAGCUGCUCACCAUCAAGGUGUUCAGGAACAAGAAAUUGGACCCAAUGAUGUGCCACAUGGCUCUGAGCUGAUUGCACCAUCUGAGCAAACGAAGGUAGAUGAGGCGGCUUCACAAGGUGGUCAAAAUGUAUCGGCCAAAGCACUUCCAGGCGAUGAAGAUCUCAACCCACCACAACGCGAGAUCAACCGCGCACUACAUGAGGAAGGGUCUUAUUUGGGUUAUGAGAACCCGCCAAGAAAAAAAUUAGCGUUGGAUGAGGACAAUAGACCUAAGGUCGGUUUAUGGGGUAUUCUUAAGUCGAUGAUUGGUAAAGACAUGACGCGAAUGACUUUGCCGGUGUCUUUUAAUGAACCUACUUCAUUGCUUCAAAGAUUGGCUGAGGAUAUUGAGUAUAAUGACUUGUUGAACACUGCAGCUGGUUAUGAUGAUUCUACAUUGAGAUUGAUUUAUGUGGCAACUUUUGCAGCCACCGAAUAUUCGUCAACCAUUGACAGAAUUGCAAAGCCAUUCAAUCCACUUUUAGGAGAAACGUUUGAGUACUCAAGACCCGAUCAAAAUUAUAGGCUAUUUGUCGAGCAAGUCAGUCAUCAUCCCCCUAUCAGUGCUUGUCAUGCAACAUCCCCCAAAUGGGAGUAUUAUGGAGAAAAUGCAGUUGACUCAAAAUUUUACGGUCGUUCAUUUGACUUUAAACAUUUGGGUAAAAUGUUUUGUGUAGUGCGACCAAAUACUGGAGUCAAGGAUAAAAAAGGAAACAUUGUUGCUGAAGAGUUGUACAGCUGGAAGAAAGUCAACACGGCCGUUGUCGGUAUUAUGGUUGGUAAUCCAACAGUUGACAAUUAUGGUAAAAUGGUUGUCGAGAAUCAUACAACUGGUGAUAAGAUCACCGUGGAUAUGAAGCAACGUGGAUGGAGGGCAUCUUCAGCCUAUCAAUUGUCAGGACAGGCAUUGGAUAGAAAUGGCACACCACAAUGGGCAUUGGGUGGACAUUGGAAUUCCAAGAUUUUUGCCAAAAAAAUCAACAAGGAUCAUUUGGAUUCACUGGGAAACACCAGGAAAAUGUCGAUUUUGGACGAUCCUGGUAAAGCAGGUGCUGGAACCACCUCAACCGAUCCAUAUUCUGGAUCCAAGUUUUUGGUUUGGCAAGUUGCACCCAGACCAAAAGUCCCAUUCAACUUGACUCAGUUUGCUUUGACUUUGAAUGGUCUUGAUGAUAAUUUGAAAUCUUGGUUAGCUCCAACUGAUACCAGAUUACGUCCUGAUCAGAGAGAUAUGGAAAAUGGUAAUUAUGAUCGUGCUGCUGAUGAAAAACACCGGGUUGAAGUGAAACAACGUCAAGCAAGAAAGUACCGUGAAGAAAACAAGAUUAACUAUGUACCUAAUUGGUUCAUUAAAAAGAAGCAUCCAGUGACUGGCGACCUGUAUUGGGAAUAUAAUGGAAAGUAUUGGCCAGCACGUAAGGAACACAAGUUGGAAGGCACAGGAGACAUUUUUUAG